UUAAAGAUGAGCCCAGAUCUCUGACUCGAUGAAAGCGAUGCAAAAUCAGAGAAAAGCAAAACUCCGACUGAGCGAGUCACUGACGCGGCGGCGGAGCGGCGGCGGAGUUAUGGAGCAACCUCCGUGCAUCACCGUGAGUCAGCGUGAGCAGUUUCUGGUGGAGAACGAUGUUUUCCAGAUCUACAGUCACUUCGAUUCCAGUGACUUUGCCACUCAGAAAUUCGUGGCGGAGAUUCAGCGAGACAAGCAGUUAGAUUACCUGAUGAAAGGGUUAAAGCAUCUAGGCCCGUCUUUUUCGUCAUUGGAUGCUAAUCGACCUUGGCUUUGCUACUGGAUCCUUCAUUCAAUUGCACUGCUCGGGGAGUCUGUUGACAAAGAACUAGAAAACGAUACCAUGGAUUUUCUUGGACGCUGUGAGUUUCUUGUUGUCAUGGACUGGCAGGAUCCUGAUGGUGGAUAUGGUGGUGGUCCUGGCCAACUGCCACAUCUUGCAACAACUUAUGCCGCAGUGAACGUGCUUGUUACUUUAGGAGGUGACAAAACCCUUUCUUCGAUUAAUAGAGAUAAAAUGUAUAACUUUAUACGACGAAUGAAAGAUAGCAGUGGAGCUUUCAGGAUGCAUGAGCGGGGAGAAAUAGAUGUCCGAGCAUGCUACACAGCGAUUGCGGUUGCAAGCAUCUUGAACAUUCUGGAUGGUGAUCUUACGCGGGCUGUGGGAGAUUACAUUUUGAGUUGUCAAACCUACGAAGGUGGUAUUGCGGGGGAACCUGGCUCUGAAGCUCACGGUGGGUACACCUUCUGUGGGUUGGCUGCUAUGAUUCUAAUUAAUGAGGUUGACCGUUUGGACUUGGCUUCUUUGACGGAUUGGGUUGUACAUCGACAAGGUAUAGAAUUGGGAUUUCAAGGUAGGACAAACAAAUUGGUUGAUGGUUGUUACUCUUUCUGGCAGGGAGCCACUUGUGCACUGCUACAAAGAUUAAAUACGAAACAUGAUGUGGAAGUGCAUGGAUCAUCAUAUAUAGCGAGAGUGACAGAUGAGGAUCACUGUGAACACGAACAUGAUGGUGAUGAUCUUGAGGACAGUGAUGAUGAUGAUGAUGAUGAUGAAAGCAGUGAAGGAGAGGACCAGGGUUUCCGCGGUACAUCCUCUUACACAUUCAGGAGGAAGGAACCGCUCUUUGAAAGCCUUGGCUUGCAAAGAUAUGUACUCUUGUGCUCACAGGUCCCUAACGGAGGAUUCAGAGACAAACCCAGGAAGCCAAGAGACUUCUACCACACAUGUUACUGCCUGAGCGGCAUGUCGGUGGCUCAGCACGCGUGGUCAAAGGACACAGACACACCUCCCCUGCCUCAGGACAUUAUGGGAACCUACUCGAAUCUCCUGGAGCCUGUCCACAUCCUCUACAACGUUGUCAUGGAUCGCUAUCACGAAGCCGCUGAGUUCUUCUCAAUACCAUGAACCUGCAAUCAAAAAAAGUUCAUACAAUCUAAUACUCCACAUUGGCAUGCGGGCGGUAUAAUGUCUUGUACCAUAAUAUGAUGAUGAGGGUAAGUUACGUUACGUUUUACCGCGAAACAAUGUUAUAAUCAGGGAUCAAAACAAAACUGUGACUGCAAUUACAGUUGGAAAAAAAACUCAUGUUCACUUUUAGGCAUUCCAAAAGAUUGGGGAAUUGUAUUAAUAUUGGUUGCAAUUACAAUGACAUUGUUCAUUGCCA